CGCGUUCGUAUCGCAGGCUGCCCAGCAGCAAACUCUGGGGCUCGGCGCGUCGCUCGCGGUCCGGGGCUGCUCCCGCAGCCUUGUGCGCUGCCGCCAAAGAGCUGCGCGAGUCGUGCGUCGCGAGCUCGCGCUUUACGCCGCGCACAGAGCUUUGCAAGGCGCGUUGCACGAAGCGCUACAGCCAGCAGCAGAUGAGGACAAAAAUGGGAGCACGCGACGCUGCCCCGGCGGACUAGCGCACCGACACGAUGCGUGGCGAGGCCUCGGACUUCGCGGCGAUGCGCGACGCCUUCCGCAGCGCGGGCCUCUGCAGCGAGGCCACGCCGGCGGCGCUCGUGGAGAGCUGGUGCGCGCGUCGGGACGACGCGAGCGACGGCGAGGACUCGCUCUACGUGCCGUCGCCGCAGCGCGUCAAAAUCCGGCGGCGCCUCGCGGAGGCGUGCGUCGCGAGCCCGCGCUUCGUGCGGCGCGCGGCCGAGGCCGCCGCGGUCGAGCGCCUCAACCGGCGGCGCGCGGUCCGGGCGCUCGCGGCGGUCGUCGCGCGCGGGCGCGCGGCGUGGCUGCUCGCGCGGCGGGCCGACGCGUUCCGGGCGGCGCGCGGCUUGGACGCGUGGCGACAAGCCGCGGAGGCGGCCCGGCGCCGCGCCGCCGCGGACGACCUGCUGGACGCCUACGGUGACGCGCGCCGCACGCAACGGGGCUUGGGGCGGUGGCGGCGCGGCGCGGCGCGACUUCGAAGGCGGCGGCGCCUGCGGACGCACGGCCGGCGCGCGUUCCACCGGUGGGCCAAGCUGAUCCGGUACGCGCGGCGGCUGCGCGCGGCCCGCGUCUUCGGGGUCCUGAAGCGCGCGGCCCAGCGGCGCCGGCGCCGGGAACUGGUGGUCGCGGACGCGUACCGGCGGGCUCGCUUGCGCCUCGUCCUGGGGGCGUGGGUCCCGGUCGCGGCGACGUGGAAGGCGCGGCGCCUCGCCUACGUAUUGUAGCCGGCGUCCUUCAUCUUUUUGGAAGCCUUCGUCGAUGGCCGCCGCCGAGAGACACCGCAACAGCACCGCCGUCGACGCGAGAGACAUGACGCGCCCGCAGGAGCGCGAGGCGCGACACACGCGGCGCCUCGUCGCGGCCGUCUUCGCGCGCUGGGUGCGCGUGCGGCGGUUCCGGCGCGCGGCGCGGGACUUUCUGCGGGCGCGCGGCUGUGUGGAAAUCAACCAGUGCGUCGGGUGCACAUUUCUCGGCGAUGAUGCGGCCGUGCCGGCUCCGUCGGGCGGCGAGGAACCGGCACCCUCACGCUAUCGAGCAGGCGCCGCGUCGAUGGCGUCGAGGUCGAUGCGGCGAUUCAGCAUGGACGCCGUAACAUUUCGAUUUCCACGCAGGCGCGCGGCCUCGAGCGGCGGCGGACGCGCCAGCUCGCGCGACGCUGCCUCCGAGGCUGGCGGGCGCGCGGGCGCCAGGCGCUUGUACUUGCAACGCCGCAGCAGAAACACAACAGAGAGCGGUCGUCGCGCAGUUUAUUUAGCGAGGACGCGAUCCGGCGCAUCCACGCGCCCUACACCUGA